AUGUCGCUCGCAGAAGAUUUCUGGAACGAGCGUAAAAUCAAUGAUCCAAUACACGGGUACAUCACUCUAGACACUCUCUGCUUCACAGUUAUCGAUUCUCCUCAAUUUCAGCGUCUGCGCUAUCUCAAGCAACUGGGUUCUUCCUAUUUCGUUUUCCCUGGCGCAACACAUAACAGAUUCGAGCAUUCAAUCGGCACCGCAUUUUUAGCCAAUCAGCUCGUCACCCUCCUCCAAUCACGCCAACCUUAUCUAGGCAUCGACGAACGUGAUGUCCGCUGCGUCACUUUGGCUGGUCUCUGUCACGACCUGGGUCAUGGCCCUUACAGUCACGUAUUCGACAACACCUUUAUUCCCGCCACUUGUCCACACCUCACGUGGUCUCAUGAAGUCGCGUCUGAAAUGAUGCUCGAAUCUCUUUUCGAUGGUCUUAGACAGAGAACUGAUUUCGAUUUCCCAAAAGAUGAGCUUGAGUUCAUUCAGGACCUUAUUCGCGGUCGUCCUCGUCCAGAUAAUCAACGCAGUGAGAAAAAUUUCCUUUUCCACAUUGUCGCCAACAAUGAGAGUGGUUUAGAUGUCGAUAAAUUCGAUUACAUGGCUCGUGAUACUCGCAAUUUGGGUGUCAACAGCACACACGACACAUCGCGUAUUCUCCACUCAGCGAGAGUAAUCGAUGAUUCAAUCUGCUACGACCACAAAGAAGUUAUUAAUAUUGCUGAACUAUUUCAUACGCGUUGGUCACUCCAUCGUCGUAUAUACACCCACAAAGCAUCUCAAGCGGUGGAAUAUAUGAUUGUUGAUGCUCUAGUUGCUGCUGAUGCCUAUUUGGGCAUUUCCAAGAAAAUCUCAAACCCUAAGGAAUACCUCCACCUUACUGACUCUAUAAUUGAGGAUAUCAGCAGAUCGAAAACCCCAGAACUCGAACAGGCGAGAAGUAUUCUUGAACGUCUAUACCUCCGGGAUCUCUACAGAUGUGUCGAUCACAGCGUAUACCCUUCUAGCGAUUUUAGCAAAGAGGACAUUGCGAAUCUCAACUCUGAGCUCGUUGCGUCACAUGCACCUGACAAUGUGGAAUUGUCUGCUGAUGAUAUUAUAGUUGACUGGACUCGCAUACACCAUGGUAUGAAACAGGAGGAUCCUGUAAGCAAGAUAUGGUUUUUUAGCAAAUAUGGUAAAGGGCCAGAUUACAAAUUCAAAUUACGCAAAGAUCAAUCACUUUAUGCACGUCCAGAGCAUUUUGAAGAGUUAUGGUUGAGAUGCUUCACUAAAGAUGCCAGCAAAUUUGGAGCUGUUCAACAUGCAUUUAGAGCGGCAAGAUAUGAUUUAGAGAGAAGCAACGAAGCAACUUUAGAAUCUUCAUCUAGUCAAGGUACGAUUGGGGAAGAUAGUCGAUUGAAUACACCACUCUCGAAAAGCCAACCAGAUGGAAAGAAGUCCAAGUCAUUAUCAAGGAUGCCAUCAUUCCCCAAUGAUGCAGAAACAGUGCCGCUAAAUUAUGCACAUCCUGUGUCCAAGUAUAGCUCACCAGAUGCGCAACAGAUGAGUAGUAAAACGCGAAAGAGAGAAUCGAUUGGGAGUGCCUCGAAGAAGCCAAGGAUGUAA